UCCCCCUCCACUGGAACAACAGAGCAGAGGGCGAGAGGGUCCAGCCCUGCAGUCCAGCUGAAACAUGGCCGGCCGUGGAGGCGACGUGAUGUGUUCAUGGUCCCGGUCCGGAUCAGCUGCCACCGACCACCCAUCUUUAGCGGUGUCAGAGGAGCAAAAACCUAAGAAGAGGAGCAGAGCUUUCUGCCUCACCAGGAUGAAGUCCCGCACCGGCAAACAGCCCCAGCAUCAGCCCGCCGUACACAACAACAACAUGCCGUUCAUGAUCCCCUGCCAGAUCGGCAAAGAGAUCAAACACAUCUGCAGCAAUUGCCGGGGAGCCGAGCCGCUGGACGCUGAGGAGGUGGAGAGGAUUGGCAGCGAUGCGCUCUGAUUCGCUGGUUCCAGGCACACACACGCCUCCAAUUCGACGGCGGAGCAAAUUCGCCACCCUAGGACGUCUGUUCAAACCCUGGAAAUGGAGGAAGAAGAAGAGUGAAAAGUUCAAGCAGACCUCUGCCGUGUUGGAGAGGAAAAUGUCCACUCGCCAGAGCAGAGAGGAGCUCAUCAAGAAAGGUGUGCUGAAGGAGGUUUAUGAGAAAGAAGGCUCUUCCCUGGCUGUACCCGAGGAGGUGAAGAUGGAGAACGGGCGUUCUCCGGUGCCCAUCUCCGGCCUGUCAGAGUCUGAAGGUACUGAGCUAAUGGAAGGAGCUGCUGCAGCUGUAGGCUCUCUGGAGUGUCAGAUGCCAAGUGAGGGUGCAUGUCAACAGGACCACGCCCAAAAAUCCACAAAGAAGUCCACUGUGUAUCCGCUUGACGGUGCCGAAUCAACCCUCUCCAGACCUCCUACACUACACAAACAACCUCCUGCGCUACCACCCAAACCCUUCAACAGGCUACAUCAUAAUCACAUAAUGGAUGGUUCCCCGGUGAAGUUGCCGUGUAUGUCGUCCAAGUUAUCUCCUCCUCUACCUCCAAAGAAGCUCAUGAUCUCCGUACCUGCAGGGAGCAUCGAGCCCUCUUUGCUCGCCUUCCAAAAGUGCCCCCCUCCCAGCCAUGCUCCAAUGGGCGGGCACUCCCUGCAGUACGGGGUGCUCCACCCCCCCAGAAGAAUCAUAGAGGAGCUCAACAAGACCCUGGCCCUCACCAUGCAGAGGUUUGAGAGCUCCAUGAUGCACGCUGUUCCCACGGUGAUGAUCGAGUGUGACGACAACAAAGAGAAUCACCACAACGAGGAGGACUACGACGACCUGCCUGAGGAAGACGAGGAGGAGGAGGAAGAGGAGGAGGAGGAAGACGAUGACGAGGAAGACGAAGAUGACGAGGAAGAUGAUGAUGAUACAUUGUUUACAAGCACACUGGCCAUGAAGGUUUUACGAAAAGACUCUCUGGCUAUCAAGCUGAGUAACCGUCCAACGAAGAGCGACCUGGAGGACAAAAACAUCCUGCCGAUGCAGUCGGACCAAGAGAGAUUCGAGUUUCGAAAACAAACAGCCACCAAACUGACCCGGCGAUUGAGUCAAAGGCCGACAGCAGACGAACUGGAACAGAGGAACAUACUCAAGCCUCGAAACGAUCUGGAGGAACAGGAGGAGAAGAGGGAGAUCAAAAGACAUUUGUCCAAAAAGCUCAGCCAGAGGCCCACAGUAGAGGAGCUGAGGGAGGCGAAGAUCCUCAUCCGCUUCAGUGACUACGUGGAGGUCGCUGAGGCUCAGGACUAUGACAGGAGAGCAGACAAGCCAUGGACACGGUUAACAGCUGCUGAUAAGGCUGCCAUCAGGAAAGAGCUGAAUGAGUUCAAAAGCACAGAGAUGGAGGUGCAUGAGUCGAGCCGUCACCUGACUAGGUUUCAUCGGCCAUAAGAUGGAUCGGUCAGAGCUCGGCCAUGCUUUUGUACUCGCACACCAAGCCUCAAGUGUUCAGACUGCUGCCCUCGUACUGACGGACACGAACACAACCUGUGUGCUGCGGCCGUCACAGGAAACACUUUACAAGUACAAAUGGAUUAAACGCUCAACUGGAGUCUCUCCUCAGUGGAGAUUUUACAGACUUCUUGAUAUUCAAAAGCUUUUCGUUUUUUAAGAUGAGGAGGCGGCAAUUUGUUUACUUUGCAGCACUUUUGUUUUUGAACAAGGCUUAGAAGUGAAACACAGAAUCUGUGGCCAUUUCGAGGGAGGGAAGGAGGUUUAUGUUUUACACAGGGAUUGUUUUCUUGCCUUUCACCAUGUUCUCACUUUCACAUGUUUCUCAGCUGGACUUUCUUUCCUUGGGGGCGUGCUUGUGUUGGCAUAGUUUUAUUCCACGGAAGACAUCUCAAUGAUAGUUUCUCAUUUUGCCGGAGGAAUUCAAAUCUUUACACAGCUUAAGCUGUUUUAGGCAGCUGAAUCUUAAGCCAAAAUGAACUCAAAUCCUAAUCAAAGUCCUAAAAUGCUCUUUGCAAGUCAGUUACAGAAAAAAAUAAGAACCAUAACACAUACACAUCAAUCCACUGAGCAAUAAUUUCAGAUUUUCUCCUCAUUUGUCCAUCUGUUUAUGGGCUGCAUUCAAGAGCUCAACAUAGUGUUUAGACUUUCACCAUUUUAAACCAAACAACUUGACUUGCUGUGGAAGUCGCGAUCUUGAAUGCAUCCCAGAGUGACCGCUGUUGAGAGUUCAGGAACGUACUGUGUCACUGUGCCUACAGUAUUGUUUACAGGGAUUUAAAAGUUGCCAAAUUGAGUUGUUUUGAUUGAUGCAGAAUAUUCUCUGUAGACACAGUAAAAUGUUGCCGAACUCUCUGCUGAACUACAAGAAAGUAGACUUUUCUUUUUUGCAUUCCAUUUUUUAUUGUAUGAGACGAACCUUUGGUGGUACAGAAUAUGAAAACCCUGACACCUUACUGUUAGAUUCUUUUAUUGUUUACAGUCCAUAUAAGGUCAAUGAAAGGUUGAUCUGUUGUGUCUGAGUGAGUGUGUGUGUGUGUGUGUGUGUGUGUACAAGCGUCGGUAACAUUACCGUCUCUUGUACGUUUAAAAAUGUUUUGAGAGAAAUGUUCUCAGAACUAUAAGACUUGUACAUAGCAAAGAAAGUAAACAAGACUUUUCAAAUGUUUUUUGUAAAGCAGAAAAAACAGCAUGUGGGUAUUAAUUUAUUGUGAGUCUUCUAUGAUGUAUGCAGUUUCUUAAAGAAAGAAACUUAUUAAAAACAAAUAAGUUUG